AAUGAGAAGCCCCGAAGUAUUGCAUGAUAAUAUCUAAGUUCUAAUCCAAAUGAUAGUAUUUUGAGGUGUUGUUUUGAAAAUUCAUCAAAUCGACAGGGAUUUUCAGUCUCGCACUAGGACAGGGAUGACACAUUCGUUUCAAAGUUGAAACAAGUUGCAUCGUAUUUGACGAAUUUCUCAUGACAAUUUUAUAUUUUGCUAUCGCAAUAAUUGGAAAUAAGACCAAGCCGUAACUACGUUGUUUCACUGGACUAAAUCUUUAUGGAACUAGUUAGGUCAAUAAAGUUUCGGGUCGCGAAACGAAAAUUCGUGUGUAUGUAGGUAACUUCAGCUAUUAGAGGAUAAGGUAACUUGUAUAUUGUUUCCUUCAAGAGCGCAGAGACAGUUCGUGACCGUAUUUCAUAUUCAACAGAACUUUCUGAAUGUACGAGUUUCGACCUCAUCAGCAUUUUGAUAAUGCAUUUUGAUGUUGAUACUGUGUAUGCGAAUAAGAUCUCUGCGGACGAUUCAGCCGACGGAAAGACAAACCUUUGAAUCUGAUAUUUGUGCGGUUAUUGUGUCUACAAUUCCACCGUCCAGAUCGAAUCCAAGAACCUAUGACUUCCUCCUCAUACAGCUGCUGUCACAGGAACGAUGCUGAUUACCCCGAGCACAAGGAUUCAAAUAGGAUCUGACGCUCCCAAGAACAGUCCAUGAUGCCAGCCACACCGCCCCAACUUGCUCCGUUCGAUGCAGCAGCAUUCGGUUAUUUUUGGCUUAUCAGAUUCCUCCUGUCAUUCUGUGAACUGGAGUACAUAUAAAGUACAAAAAUUACAUGGAUCCCCUAAUCAUCAUCGCCUCGAUUAUAGGAGACAAAAAUCUUGUGGCUCAAUUGAUUACAGCCGGGGCGAAUAUAGAAUGGAAAGACAAUGACGGGAAUACUCCAAUCAUCAUCGCCUCGACUAAUGGACACCAAGAGGUGGUGGAUCUAUUGAUUAAAGCGGGGGCGAAUAUAGAAUGUAAAGACAAUGGCGGGGAUACUCCAAUCAUCUUCGCCUCGAUUAAAGGACACCAAGAGGUGGUGGAUCUAUUGAUUAAAGCGGGGGCGAAUAUAGAACAUACCAACAAUGAGGGAAGAACUCCGUUUGGUUGUGUUUCGAUUGAAGGACACAAAGAGGUGGUGGAUCUAUUGAUUAAAGCGGGGGCGAAUAUAGAAUGUAUAGACAAUGACGGAUAUACUCCAAUCAUCAUCGCCUCGAUUAAUGGACACCAAGAGGUGGUGGAUAUGUUGAUUAAAGCGGGGGCGAAUAUAGAAUGUAAAGACAAUCGCGGGAAUACUCCAAUCAUCAUCUCCUCGAUUGAAGGACACCAAGAGGUGGUGGAUCUAUUGAUUAAAGCGGGGGCAAAUAUAGAAUGUAAAGACAAUGACGGGAAUACUCCAAUCAUCAUCGCCUCGAUUAAUGGACACCAAGAGGUGGUGGAUCUAUUGAUUAAAGCGGGGGCGAAUAUAGAAUGUAAAGACAAUGGCGGGAAUACUCCAAUCAUCAUCGCCUCGACUAAUGGACACCAAGAGGUGGUGGAUCUAUUGAUUAAAGCGGGGGCGAAUAUAGAAUGGAAAGACAAUGGUGGGAAUACUCCAAUCAUCAUCGCCUCGACUAUUGGACACAAAGAGGUGGUGGAUCUAUUGAUUAAAGCGGGGGCGAAUAUAGAAUGUAAAGACAAUGACGGAGAUACUCCAAUCAUCAACGCCUCGAUUAAUGGACACCAAGAGGUGGUGGAUCUAUUGAUUAAAGCGGGGGCGAAUAUAGAUCAUGCCAACGAUGAGGGAAGAACUCCUAUAGGGUGUGUAUCGAUUGAAGGACAUCAAGAGGUGGUGGAUCUAUUGAUUAAAGCGGGGGCGAAUAUAGAAUGUAAAGACAAUGACGGAGAUACUCCAAUCAUCAUCGCCUCGAUUAAUGGACACCAAGAGGUGGUGGAUCUAUUGAUUAAAACGGGGGCGAAUAUAGAUCAUGCCAACGAUGAGGGAAGAACUCCUAUAGGGUGUGUAUCGAUUGAAGGACAUCAAGAGGUGGUGGAUCUAUUGAUUAAAGCGGGGGCGAAUAUAGAAUGUAAAGACAAGGACGGGGAUACUCCAAUCAUCAUCGCCUCGAUUGAAGGACACCAAGAGGUGGUGGAUCUAUUGAUUAAAGCGGGGGCGAAUAUAGAACAUACCAACGAUGAGGGAAGAACUCCUAUAGGGUGUGUAUCGAUUGAAGGACACCAAGAGGUGGUGGAUCUAUUGAUUAAAGCGGGGGCGAAUAUAGAAUGUAAAGGCAAUGGCGGGAAUACUCCAAUCAUCAUCGCCUCGACUAAUAGACACCAAGAGGUGGUGGAUAUGUUGAUUAAAGCGGGGGCGAAUAUAGAAUGUAAAAGCAUUAGCGGGAAUACUCCAAUCAUCAUCGCCUCGAUUAAAGGACACCAAGAGGUGGUGGAUCUAUUGAUUAAAGCGGGGGCGAAUAUAGAAUGUAAAGGCAAUGGCGGGAAUACUCCAAUCAUCUUUGCCUCGGCUAAUGGACACCAAGAGGUGGUGGAUCUAUUGAUUAAAGCGGGGGCGAAUAUAGAAUGUAAAGGCAUUAGCGGGAAUACACCAAUCAUCGUUGCCUCGAUUAAUGGACACCAAGAUGUGGUGGAUCUAUUGAUUAAAGCGGGGGCGAAUAUAGAAUGUAAAGGCAAUGGCGGGAAUACUCCAAUCAUCAUCGCCUUGAUUAAAGGACACCAAGAGGUGGUGGAUCUAUUGAUUAAAGCGGGGGCGAAUAUAGAAUGUAAAGACAAUGGCGGGAAUACUCCAAUCAUCAUCGCCUCGACUAAUGGACACCAAGAGGUGGUGGAUCUGUUGAUUAAAGCGGGGGCGAAUAUAGAAUGUAAAGACAAUGGCGGGAAUACUCCAAUCAUCAAUGCCUCGAUAAAAGGACACCAAGAGGUGGUGGAUCUAUUGAUUAAAGCGGGGGCGAAUAAAGAAUGUAAAGACAAUGGCGGGAAUACUCCAAUCAUCAUCGCCUCGAUUAAUGGACACCAAGAGGUGGUGGAUCUAUUGAUUCAAGCCUGGGGCGAAUAUAGAAUGUAAAGACA